GGUGGGGGCCAGACAGCGGGGUGUGAGCUGCGGCACAGAUGUCAUGUGGCCUGUGCUUUGGACUGUGGUGAGUACCUAUGCUCCCUAUGUCACCUUUCCCGUGGCCUUCGUGGUUGGGGCUCUGGGCUACCACCUGGAAUGGUUCAUCCGGGGGAAGGAUCCCCAGCCUGUGGAGGAGGAGAAGAGCAUCUCGGAGCGCCGGGAGGACCGCAAGCUGGAUGAGCUGCUAGGCAAGGACCACACCCAGGUCGUGAGCCUUAAGGACAAGCUGGAACUUGCCCCUAAAGCUGUCCUGAACAGAAACCGCCCGGAGAAGAAUUAAUG